CUCCUUUCCAAAAGAAAUCCGAUUCUUUUUCUCAUUACAACUAGACCCAUAAACCUCGAAACCUUGCUUAUAUAUUAACAAUACCAGCGUGUAAAAUAUUAGUAACUCAUUUCACUCAAAUCCCAGAAAAUGAUCUGCAAUACAAGGCUGAGUCUAAGCUUAUUAGGAUCAUCAGGAGAAUCUACUACUCCUAAUGAUAGUACUAUUCAUCAACAUAACAACAAGAGAAAAUCAAACGAAGAUCAAGAAUUAGAUAUUAAUCCUCUCCCUUCUUUAACUCUUUGCUUAUCAUCUUCAGCAGUUAAUUCGUCGGUAAUAAGUGCUACCGUUUCUUCAUUUUCUAACUCAAGUGUCAAAAGGGAAAGAGAUGCUAGUUUUGAAGAAGAAGUAGAAUUGGAUACAAAUAAAGUAAUUAUUUCUCCAAAGUUAGACGAUGUUGAUCAGGAACAAGAUGAAGAUCAUGAAUUUGGUACGAGGAAGAAACUUAGACUUAAUAAGGAGCAAUCUGCCAUUUUAGAAGAUAGCUUCAAAGAGCAUAGUACUCUUAAUUCUAAGCAAAAGCGAGAUCUAGCAACACGAUUAAGUUUACGUCCUCGACAAGUGGAAGUAUGGUUUCAGAAUCGAAGGGCCAGGACUAAGCUGAAACAAACAGAAGUAGACUGUGAAAUACUGAGAAAAUGUUAUGAAGAUUUAAAAGUCGAGAACAGAAGGCUAAAUACAGAACUGCAAGAGCUGAAAUCUCUGAAAAUGGCAGCUCCCUUUCGUGUUCAAUUAUCGGCGGCCACCCUUAGCAUGUGCCCGUCGUGCGAGAGAACCUACGGCGGCGGCAGCGGCGGCGACAACUCAGCCACCAAAAUCUCUUUCUCAAUCGGAGAUCAGAAGCCUAACUUUUAUGGUUCCUUCGCAAAUUCAUCUGCAGCUUUGCUAAGCUAAAAGGAUCUUAGUUAACAUGAAGACUAGCUAAUAUAGGUUUAUGUAUUUAUUAAUUAGCUACGUAUAUUGUUAAAUCCAAUAUAUGUAAAGUGAGGAACAUAUAUUUCUGUAGUUACGUUCUCUACAUACCAAGUAUUUUGAAUUAAUCUUUUUAGAGACUUUGUACAUAUGUAUAUUCUUUAAAUGUAGUUAUGUGGAAAUAAAAGUUCCAUCUCUAUA